AUGCCAAAGUCUACCAAGCGAAAAUCGCAAUCUCUGUCUGCGCGAGCUUCAGCGUCCUCUUCGAAGAUUCGAAAAGAAGAUGAAGAGGAGGAUAUUGAAUAUUCCGAAGAAGAGCUCGAAGAAGUAGAGCUUGAUACGAUGAGUGUGUUGGAGAAGGAGGAUGAUGAAGAUGAAGAAUUUAUUCCUGAUACACAAGACAUUUCAUUCAAAGAGAAAAUCGAUAUAUCAACAAUUGCCGACCUAUUCGAACUAUGCAAGAAUCAAAGCGGAUCACGAAAUCUAUCAGUUCUCAUCUAUACUCUUCUUCGACAUUUGAAUCUUCGUUGA